AUGCACGUUAUAUUUCAUCAUAAACCAAAAUUUUCGCGCAUAUCACUGAACGGUCUUAAUAAAGUAACCGAAACCUCUUUAUUAACAAGGGAAAAGUUUUCUGUUUCCCUUCGUUCCUCCUGUUCUUUCAUCCGUAAUAACUUGAAAUACCAUCGUCAUUAUCAUCAAUCUCGACAUUUUAAUGGUAAUAGACUAGGAACUUACAAAGAAAGCAGAAAACAUUUAAAGAGCUCGAUAGAUAAAAUCAUCAAAGAGCAUGACGGGGUAAUUUAUAGAGCACCACAAGGGACAAAUCGGAUCAUGAUAUUUUGGCAUGUUGCUGGAAUAUUACAAUUGAUAUUUUGGCAAGUUUUGAUCUCGAAGCUAAAUAUUGCAGAUCUGUAUUGGCGAAUAUCAAACACAGACAAAGACAAUAAAACUGAGGCAAAUGAAAAAACGGAUGCACUUGUCCUCCCUCCUGCUGCUGCUGCCACACAUACACCUACUUACAAACGCGUCCUAAUAGUUGGAGGGAUGUUGUUAAUGGGAGCAGGUAUUUCCGCUUUGACGUUUAUUAUACCUAACAGAUCUAUUAUGUGUAUACGAAUUUUGAAAAAUGGUAAUGAAGCACAAUUGGAAACUGGCCGAAAAUUUUCAUCGAAAAGAAUCCGUAAUUUUCAAAUUGACGAUUUGACUACUCGAGAAUUGUUGUUACCUGAAACGAGAGUCAGACCGGAAGUGGGGAAAGGAGGUGGGAAACAUCUCCCAAACUACAGAGACGACGAUGGUUCCAAAAAUAAAAAUUAUCUUCAGCCAAUUUUUAUGCGUGCAAAAGGAGAACGAAUGGGAUUUAUGUUAAGUCGAUCGGGACAUUUUGAAGAUCCAAAGUUAUUUGAUUCGUUGUUUUACGAAUGA